AUCAUGCUCAUCAGGCUCAUUGCAUUCUGUCUCUAUUGAUCCUAACCGCGCUCGUUGAUGCUGGCAGUCUCACUUCGCUUGUCUGCUCAUGCACAAUGGGGAAUGCACGAAACCCGCCCCAUUGGACGACGCUUAGGCUAUCAGCUGGUCAAGAUGCAUUAAGCGAGACUGGCCCGGUCGCAUCGGCCAUCUCACGGCACGGCUCCACCCAUUCAUGAUCUCGUGACCGUGGCUAUCGCAGGCACCUACAGCGCACAUCGCACAACAACAGCCCAGCGGUCGCGAGGACGGAUAAGCCCGGGAUGCAUAAGCCAGCGAGUACACACUUGCUGCCCACUACACACUACACACAUCGCAUUCUGCGCCCCACCGCAGCAUGAAAGCCUCAACAGUCAUACACAAGCUCGAGACAGUUCAUCCCGACGGCCAGAGCGCCGGCGAGAUGUUCCUUGCGAACGAGGACCUCCUUCCGGUCCCGGAUGCUCAGCGGACAUGGAACCAUCUCUCCUUCGUAUGGUUCUGGAUCGCCGAUAGCUUCAAUCUGAACACCUUCGUGAUUGCGAGCAGCAUGAUCACGGCAGGUCUUUCGUGGUGGCAGGCUUUCCUGUGCGUCAUCAUCGGGUACAGCCUCGUGCCACCAUUCUUGGUGCUCAACGCCCGCCCCGGCGCGAAGCACGGCAUCGUGUUCCCCGCCGUUUGCCGCACGACUUUCGGCGUCUUCGGCUCGCUGUGGCCUGUAUUCAACCGCGCCGGCAUGGCGUGCGUCUGGUGGGGCGUACAGGCCUGGCUCGGCGGCGAGUGCGUAUAUGGCCUCAUCCGCGCCAUCUGGCCGUCCUUCUCCCGCAUCCCGAACACCAUGCCCGCCAGCACCGAGACCACGACGGCAUACCUCGUCUCCUUCGUCAUCUACUGGCUCCUCUCGAUCCCCGUGACAUGGGUGCCGAUCCACAAGCUGCGCUACUGGUUCGCGGCGAAGGCCGUCAUUGGCCCCGCAGUUGGCUUCGCCCUCUUUGGUUGGAGCAUUCAGAGGGCAGGCGGCGUGGGACCCGUCUUCUCACAGAAGGCUACCCUCUCGGGCUCGGCCCUCGGAUGGCAGAUGAUGAUCUCCAUCUCGAGCUGCUUCAACAACAUGUUCACCCUCAUUACAAACGCACCUGACUUUGCUUCGCGCGCUAAGACGCCCUCCGCCGCCGUCUGGCCGCAGGUCUUCGCCCUCCCCAUCGGCUUCAUCGUCACCUCCUUCCUCGGCAUUGUCAUUGCCUCCAGCGCGGCGCCUCAGUUCGGCGCGCCGAUUUGGGACGUCGUGAAGGUCAUGGACGCGAUGCAGGGCGCCGACGCGUCGUCUGCGACCCGCGCCGGUCUCGCCUUCAUCUACCUCGGGUUCAUCUACGUGCAGCUCAUGCUCAACGUCGCGGCUAAUUCGAUCAGCGCGGGGUGCGACCUCACGGCGCUCUUCCCGCGCUUCAUCAACAUCCGCCGUGGCGGAUACAUUUGCAUGGUCGUAGGCAUCGCCAUGAACCCGUGGCUGCUGUAUAAGAGCAGCGCGACGUUCGGCAACUAUCUUGGCGCGUACGGCGUCCUGCUCUCGUGCAUUGCCGGCCCCAUGAUCACCGACUACUGGCUCGUGCGCCGCGGUCACAUGCGCCUCGCAGACCUGUACAGCACAAGCAAGGAGGGCUGGUACUGGUACACGUGGGGUAUCAACUGGCGCGGAUACGCUGGCUACCUAGCCGGCUUUGCCAUGAAUGCGCCGGGCUUCAUCCACGCUCUCAGCCCCGGCAUCAACAUCGCCCCAGGCGCACAGCGCAUCUACGCGCUCAGCUGGCUCACGGGGACUGGCGUUAGCGCGCUCGUGUACUAUCUCUGCUGUGUCGUGUCCCCGCCGCCGGGCAUGUCGCGCACAUUCGAGGAGGUCGACGAAAGUCACUUCCGCGACACGCUCGACGAUGCCCGCCUACCCCACGCGGACUCGAUGGAGAAGAAUGACGGGGUGGCGGUCCGCGUCACCUCCGUGGGGCACUAGGCUAGGUCGACACCAUGUAUAGUUGUAUCUGCUGCCAAGCAGGCCU